AUGGAUGACUGCAAGCCCAUAGGAACCCCGUUGGCGACCGUGAUCAAACUGGAUGUUGCAGCUGCAAGUACAGCACAUGGGACUGAGUAUCCAUUCAGGGAACUGCUCAGAGCGUUGGUGUACAUCGCCAUUGCCACUCGCCCUGAUAUAUGCCAUGCAGUCAACGAGCUAAGCCAAUACAACAACAGCCAUAAUCUUGUUCACUGGCAGGCAGCUAAACGAAUCCUUAGAUACCUCGAGGGGACAAUUAACAAGAAACUAACCUACGUCAAGGAUAAAGAGGGAAUAUUCAGUUUUGCAGAUGCUGACUGGGGAAAUUCUGAUGCUGACAGGAAGUCGUAUACUGGUUACUACUUUAUCUUGUGCAAGUCAGCAAUCUCAUGGUGUUCGCGCAAGCAGAGGAUAGUCGCUCUCUCAUCAACUGAGUAUCUCCGAAGCAGCAAAGGAGGCAAUUCGCCUAUCAACCUUCGUGAAGGAGCUGGGUUUAGCGCAGCUGUCAAAAGUUGUACUGUUCAGUGA